AUGGCAAACGAUGCCGUUGAUGCUACAGCUCGUGUGCUGCUGUCCGAAUUCGCUGGCAAACAAUGGCACGAUGCCGUUGAUGCUACAGCUCGUGUGCUGCUGUCCGAAUUCGCUGGCAAACAAUGGCAAACGAUGCCGUUGAUGCUACACUCGUGUGAGGCUGUCCGAAUUCGCUGGCAAACAAUGGCAAACGAUGCCGUUGAUGCCACAGUUCGUAUGCUGCUGUCCGAAUUCGCUGGCAAACAAUGGCAAACAAUUGCCACUGAUGCAACAGCUCGUGAGUGGCUGUCCGAAUUCGCUGGCAAACAAUGGCAAACGAUGCCGUUGAUGCUACACUCGUGUGCUGCUGUCCGAAUUCGCUGGCAAACAAUGGCAAACGCCGUUGAUGCUACAGCUCGUGUGCUGCUGUCCGAAUUCGCUGGCAAACAAUGGCAAACGAUGCCGUUGAUGCUACACUCGUGUGCUGCUGUCCGAAUUCGCUGGCAAACAAUGGCAAACGAUGCCGUUGAUGCUACAGUUCGUAUGCUGCUGUCCGAAUUCGCUGGCAAACAAUUGCCACUGAUGCAACAGCUUGUGUGCUGCUGUCCGAAUUCGCUGGCAAACGAUGCCGUUGAUGCUACAGCUCGUGUGCUGCUGUCCGAAUUCGCUGGCAAACAAUGGCAAACGAUGCCGUUGAUGCUACAGUUCGUGUGCUGCUGUCCGAAUUCGCUGGCAAACAAUGGCAAACGAUGCCGUUGA